GGAGCCGCGGCUUCCGGCACCUACCCCGCCACUCCCGGCGUUCGCGGUGUUGGGCUGUUGGCUGCUUAGCUUCUUUGCUGGUGAUGGCAGCAGCCGUCGCUAUGGAGACAGAUGAUGCUGGAAAUCGACUUCGGUUUCAGUUGGAGUUGGAAUUUGUGCAGUGUUUAGCCAACCCAAAUUACCUUAAUUUUCUUGCCCAAAGAGGUUACUUCAAAGACAAAGCUUUUGUUAAUUAUCUUAAGUACUUGCUUUACUGGAAAGAACCAGAAUAUGCCAAGUAUCUAAAGUACCCUCAGUGUUUACACAUGUUAGAACUGCUCCAGUAUGAACACUUCCGUAAGGAGCUGGUGAAUGCUCAGUGUGCGAAAUUUAUCGACGAGCAGCAAAUUCUGCACUGGCAGCACUAUUCUCGGAAGCGGAUGCGCCUGCAGCAAGCCCUGGCCGAGCAGCACCAGCAAAAUAACACCUCAGGAAAAUGAACAGUUGGAUCCAGACCCGGCUCUUCAGACAUGUAUAUAUUGCUUUUGUACAGUGAAGACAAAAAAAGACUCUUCCUAUGUACCUUUAUUGUGGUAGCACCUAGAACCGUUAGUGUGCUAUUUAACUGAACUAACUUUUUAUUGUUAAUAGAUUAUUUCUGUUAAA